GUGCGUUACCACUUCACUGCGGCGGUCCCUUCCCUUCGCCUGGUGUUUCGUUUCGAGUUCACUCUAUCCCCCUCAAUCCCUCCAUCCCUCCCCGCAGAUUCCUCUUCCGACUAUCCUUUACUCGACUCCCCGACGUCUGACACCACGCAAGCAAUCCUAGACCGUCAGAAUGAGCGCCCGUCAUUUGCUCGAGGGGGAGGCCAUGGUGGAUGACGAUGAAAACGAUGAAGAGCUUGCCGAUGACUACGAGGGGCAAGUUCGCGAGGGUGCUGGCACCAAUAACAACUACGACUCGAGUGAAGAGGACGAGGAUGAUGACGACGAUGAGGAGGCUGCCCGCGCUGUUCGUGAGGGUUUUAUUGUCGAUGAGGAUGAGGAGAUCGAGGAGCGCGCCGAGCGCCGACGGGAGAAGAGGAAGCAGAGGGACCGGGAACGUGAGGAUGAGCAUUUGGAUGACGAAGAUCUGGAGCUCAUUGGCCUCAAUCCCAACUUCCAGUCUUCCUCCGCCACAGAACCCAAGUUUAAGCGCCUAAAGCGUGGUCACAAAGAUCGCGAUACCCGGCAAGCUUCCCAGGGCAUUGACGACAUCUUCAACUCCGACGAGGAUGAGGAACCGGCGGGCGACUACGGGAGGUCCGGUCAUCGGAGACAUAUGCACGAUGAGAUGGACGACUUCAUCGAGGAGGACGUCUUCUCCGACGAUGAAAUGCAACGAGAGCGCGAGGACCUGGAGGUUACCCGUGCCUCCAAGGGAGGACUGGGUGUUACCGAUGCGACCGGCUUGGACGAGAAUGCCCUCGAAGACAUGCGCGCCGCGUUCGGAGAUGGCAACGAAUACCUGUUCGCGUUGGAGAUGGAAGACCAGGAGGAUGAGCAGGAGGAGAACGAGGAGAAGCAUCUGGACUUGAAGGAUGUCUUCGAGCCGUCACAGCUGGCCGAGAAGAUGUUGACGGAGGAGGAUAACCAGAUUCGUCUGCUGGACGAGCCCGAGCGACAUCAGAUUGCCCGCAAGCCCUACCGAAAUGUCGUCCUGACCGAGGAGCAGUUCCGUGAGGAGGCGGCCUGGAUCUCCAACCUCAUGCUCCUGAAGAAGCGCCUCGAGCCCGAGCUACGGGAGCCGUUCCAGCGCUCGGUGGCCAAGGUCUUGGAGUUCCUCAUCACCGACGACUGGGAAGUGCCAUUCAUUUUCCAGCAUCGGAAGGACUACAUGAUCCAUGCGGCGAAGGUGCCGACGGAUGAGGUGAGCGAUGACGCCGAGGCCUCUCAGUACACCAUCAAGGCGGAGAAGCUAUUGAACAUGACCGAUCUGUGGGACAUCUUUGAUCACGAUCUCAAGUUCAAGGCGCUCGUGGAGAAGCGCAACACCAUCCAGAAGGCCUACGACAACCUCCAGAGCCUCUUCAGUGUGACCGACUCCAUUGUGGAAGAAAUGCUCCCGGUGGCAGUGACCAUGGAGGAGCUGCAGGACAUUCAGGACUACAUCCACUUCCAGUACGCGUCCCAGUUGAGGGACAUGAACUUGAUGAACGGAGAAGCGAACGGGGAAACCCAACGGCGGAAAGCCUCGAGCAAGACUUUCUUCGAGCGUGUCCGGAAUGGCAAGGCGUAUGGGUUCGUCCGUGCCCUCGGUAUCACGGCGGAUGCAUUCGCGCAAAACGCGUUGAAGGAAGGCCGCCGCCAAUACACUGAAGAUCCUGUGGAACGACCCGAGGAGCUGGCGGAUACGUUCGUAGACGCCGACUUCUCCAACUCUUCGCAUGUCGUCAAAGCGGCCAAGACCAUGUUCGCGGAGGAAAUCAUCCUGAGCCCGAAGAUGCGCAAGGUCGUCCGGCAGGCCUACUACAUGAACGGCGCGGUCGACUGCUUCCGAACGGAGAAGGGCCUUCGUCGGAUUGACGAGCAACACCCGUACUACGAGUUCAAGUACCUGCGGAACCAGCAGCUUAGCGACAUCGCCCGUCGGCCCGAGCUGUACCUCCGCAUGCUCAAGGCCGAGGAGGAGGGCUUGGUGGAUGUCAAGGUUCGGUUCGAGAACUUCGACCACUUCCGCCAACGCCUGUAUCAGGACAUCGAGUCCGACAACUACAGCGAGCUGGCGGACGUGUGGAACCGCACCCGUCGGGACGUCUUGGAUCUGGCGCUGGGUAAGCUCGAGCGGCUGAUCAACCGCAGCGUGAAGGAAAACAUCCGGCAAGAGUGUGAGAACCACGUGGCGAAGGAGUGCCGCGAGGCGUUCUCCCAGCGCCUGGACCAAUCUCCUUACAAGCCCAAGGGCAUGAUCCUGGGAACGGUUCCCCGGGUGCUGGCUCUUUCAACGGGCUCCGGCGUCGUCGGUCGCGAACCCAUCCACUGGGCCUACGUCGAGGAGGACGGCCGCGUGCUGGAGAACGGCAAAUUCACGGAUCUCUCCAUCGGAGAUCGCGAACGUGGUGUGGCAGAUGGCAAGGAUGUUGACGCCUUCCGAGAGCUUGUGCGCCGUCGCCGCCCCGAUGUGAUCGGCGUCUCCGGCAUGACCCCCGAGACUCGUCGGCUGUACAAGCUGCUGGCGGAGGUGGUGGAGCGGAAAGACCUGCGCGGCGCGCUCUAUACCGACGACCGGGACGACGAAGUCAGCGAUCGUCUGGAGGUCGUCAUCGUCAACGACGAGGUGGCGCGCCUCUACCAGCACAGCGACCGGGCCAAGAAGGACCACCCCGGCUUCGCCCCGUUGACGCAUUACUGCGUGGGUCUGGCCAAGUACCUGCAGAGUCCCCUCAAGGAGUACGCCUCGCUCGGCCGGGACAUUGUCUCCAUCCAGUUCAAGCCGGGUCAGCAGCUCGUCUCCCAGGACCUGCUGUUGAAGCAAUUGGAGACGGCGCUGGUGGAUAUGGUCAACCUGGUGGGUGUCGAUAUCAACGAAGCCGUGUCGGACCCGGCGACAGCCAACCUGCUGCCCUACGUCUGUGGUCUGGGCCCGCGUAAGGCGGCGCACCUGCUCAAGAUCGUCAACAUGAAUGGCGGCCUGGUCAACAACCGUGUCGAGCUGCUGGGAGUGAAUGCCCAGUAUCCGGCGAUGGGCAUCAAGGUGUGGAACAACUGCGCCAGCUUCCUGUACAUCGACUUCGAGAACGCGGACCCCGACGCCGAUCCCCUGGACAACACCCGUGUGCACCCGGAAGACUACGACAUUGCGCGCAAGAUGGCGGCCGACGCGCUGGAGCUGGACGAAGAGGACAUCAAGGCCGAGACGGAUGAGAACGGUCCGGGUGCCAUUGUGCGCAAACUAUUCCGCGAGGAAGCGCAAGAUCGUGUGAACGAUCUGAUCCUGGAGGAGUACGCGGAGCAGCUGGAGAAGAACCUGAACCAGCGCAAACGGGCCACGCUGGAGACGAUCCGCGCGGAGCUGCAGCAGCCGUACGAGGAGCUGCGGAAGCAGUUUGUCUUCCUGAGCACGGACGACAUCUUCACGAUGCUGACGGGCGAGACGGCGGAGACGCUGGCGGAGGGCAUGGUCGUGCCGAUCUCGAUCAAGCGCAUCACGGACGACCACAUUGACGGCAAGCUGGACUGCGGCAUCGACGCGCUGGUGCCUGAGUCCGAGCUGACAGACCGCUACGACAUCCCAGUGCGCGCGCUGUACCAGAUGCACCAGACGCUGCCGGCCAAGGUGCUCUUCCUGAACCGCAAGAACUUCCUCUGCAAUGUGUCGCUGCGCGAGGAGCAGGUAAGCCGACCGGUGGCCCGCACGCCCGAUCGGCUACAAGGCGAGUGGGAUGAUCGGCAGGAGCGAGAGGACCAGGACGCGCAGCAGGAGAAGACGCAGAGCGGCGGACGCACGAUGCGCGUCAUCAAGCACCCGAUGUUCCGGGCCUUCAAUUCGACACAGGCGGAGGAGUUCCUGGGGUCCCAGAGCCGCGGUGAUGUGGUCAUUCGGCCGUCAUCCAAGGGGCCGGACCACCUGGCGGUCACCUGGAAGGUGGCCGAUGGCGUCUUCCAGCACAUCGACGUGCUGGAGCUGGACAAGGAGAAUGAGUUCUCGGUGGGCCGGACGCUGAAGGUAGGCGGAAGGUACACGUACAGCGAUCUGGACGACCUGAUCUUCAACCACGUCAAAGCCAUGACCAAGAAGGUCGACGAGAUGAUUCUGCACGAAAAGUACCAGGAUGGCAAUAAGGACGCCACCUACUCCUGGCUAGAGACGUACACCAAGGCCAACCCCCGACGGUCCGCCUACGCCUUCUGCAUCGACCCCAAACACGCGGGCUAUUUCUCCCUGUGCUUCAAGGCGGGCGAGAACGCGCAGCUGCAAAGCUGGCCCGUCAAGGUCAUCCCCCAGGGCUAUGAGCUGCAGCGCAACCCCUACCCGGACAUGCGGGCCCUGUGCAACGGCUUCAAGUUGAUGUUUACCAACAUGCAGGCCAACAGACGACGGUAAAGAGAGGAAAACGGAAAGUUCUUUUUUUUUUCUGUAUACUGUAAUAUUUCUCUUCACAUGUGUUUUUCUCUCUUUUCCUCCUCUGGAUGGGUCCGGAUGGCCGGUUUUCUUUAUUGUGUAUUUCCCCCCCCCUUUUUCAUUCUUACGCACAGCAAGUAUUAGCAUCCUCUGGCAUGGUUGCGGGAAUUGAAUCUAUGAUGGUUGUUUGAUUGGUUGGCUUGGCUUGGCUUGCGCUCUGUAUGUGUAUGUUGUAUGUAUAUGUGUAUGUGUAUUUGAUGUAGCUUCUCUGGUG